GAGGGAAAUUCCGGUUGUCUCGGCCCGGGCUUGAGCUUGCAGUGCCCUCGACUGACAUAAGUUUCGUCACUCUACAGUUCCCGACAGGAAAUAUCCAUACCUAGGACUUGGACUAGAGCCCGACAACAUACCGUCCACUCUUUAGGGGGCCCUAUUUAUUCUACCACAACUCCCGGCUACAUUCCUACAGUUCUUGCAAAUCUGAAUAUUCAGACGGACUCAAACCAGUCAUCAUGGCUUCUCGAUUACCGUUUCAUCGCCUCUCUGGGCAACACCUGAGGACUCUUCAUCGAAACAACAGCGUUUCCCGCAGCCUCCACAUCGGCCGCGCCAGAAGCUUGACGUCUGUUGCACUCCAGAAGAGCGUUAAUGGUUCUCUCAAGUCAAGCGCGAGUCUCCAGCAGGUUACGGCUCUGGGGCCCAAAAUGUCUCGCUUCAGUAUCGCUCCUUUCGGGGCUACUCAGGUGCGGACUUAUGCGGACACUGUUGUCAAGGUUCCGCAGAUGGCGGAAUCGAUCACCGAAGGGACAUUGAAGCAAUUCUCCAAACAGAUCGGUGACUACGUUGAACGGGACGAGGAGAUCGCAACCAUUGAGACUGACAAGAUUGAUGUAUCCGUUAAUGCCCCUGAAUCCGGUACCAUCAAGGAGUUCCUCGUGAGCGAGGAAGACACCGUCACAGUUGGACAGGACCUUGUCAAAUUGGAGCUUGGUGGCGCCCCUGAAACCAAGAAGGAAGACGCAACUGAAAAGCCGGCCGCGCCAGCUGCUGCUGACAAGCCCACGGCUUCCGAACCUGAGAAACCUAAGGCACCCGAGGCACCCCAGUCUUCCUCCCAGAAGGCCACACCUCCGGAGCCCAGUCCCUCAAAGAAAACAGAGCCGGCAGCUACAAAGCCGCAGGUCUCCGAAGAUGCGAAGCCCAGCGUUGGGGGUCGCGAAGAGCGGAGGGUGAAAAUGAACAGAAUGAGAUUAAGAAUCGCGGAACGUCUGAAGCAGUCCCAGAACACGGCAGCUUCUCUCACCACAUUCAACGAAGUCGACAUGUCCUCUCUGAUGGAGUUCCGCAAGCUGUACAAGGACGAUGUAUUGAAGAAGACUGGUGUCAAACUCGGAUUCAUGAGUGCCUUUUCUCGCGCUUGCGUUCUUGCCAUGAAAGACGUUCCUGCUGUUAAUGCCUCCAUUGAAGGUCCCAAUGGUGGGGACACUAUCGUUUAUCGUGAUUACGUGGAUAUCAGUGUGGCCGUUGCCACUGAGAAAGGACUCGUGACACCAGUGGUUCGCAAUGCGGAGACCAUGGACCUCGUUGGCAUUGAGAAAGCAAUCGCGGAUCUUGGCAAGAAGGCUCGUGACAAUAAGUUGACUAUCGAGGACAUGGCUGGAGGCUCUUUCACCAUUAGCAAUGGCGGAGUUUUUGGCUCUCUGAUGGGAACUCCCAUUAUUAAUCUCCCACAGACAGCUGUUCUCGGACUCCACGCAAUCAAAGACAAGCCGGUGGCUGUGAACGGUAAAGUUGAAAUUCGCCCUAUGAUGUAUCUUGCCCUGACUUACGAUCACCGACUCUUGGACGGCCGUGAGGCUGUGACUUUCUUGGUUAAGGUCAAGGAAUACAUUGAAGACCCCCGUCGGAUGCUGCUGGGGUAGAUCUUUCACGCUUCAUGCUGAUUGAACUGACCUGUUGGGUACCGGAGGUCUCAGGCAUCCAUCACCCAUUCUCUUACGCCUCUUUUAUUUUUUGCACUUAGGCUCUCGAAUUGUAGAAUAACAGUCCUGUGU